AGGAAUGACGUCAUUCGGGGCUUUUUUUUUUUUCGCCCGGCAAAGAUGGACGCGCAUGUGAAUUAGACCACCGUAUCGUCAUAUUCUUCAGCUGAUUUAAUGCACGUUGCUCCGUGCCAUUCGGUGUUUUGUACCAUCAGAAGUUUUAGAAGGCUUGUUUCUCUCUUAUUCACUCGGCUCAAGAGCAGUCUUGAGUUUACAACGCCUGCGUUUUACAGCGUAUUUGCUCAGGGUUCGCAAUGGAUCCUACCACUCUGGAUAGAAUCAUUGAACUGCAGAAAAAUCCAGCCAGUAUUAGAAAUCUUUGCAUAUUGGCACACGUUGACCACGGUAAAACUACUCUUGCGGAUUGCUUAGUGGCAAGCAAUGGUAUCAUAUCAAGCCGCCAGGCAGGGAAGCUAAGGUAUCUGGACAGCAGAGAGGAUGAGCAAAUCAGAGGAAUCACCAUGAAGUCCAGUGCCAUCUCUCUUCAUUUCCAAGAGGGUGAUGAAGAUUUCUUACUGAAUUUGAUUGACUCUCCGGGGCACGUUGACUUCUCCUCUGAAGUUUCCACUGCUGUCCGCCUGUGUGAUGGUGCCAUUGUUGUUGUUGAUGCUGUAGAGGGAGUCUGCCCACAGACGCAGGUCGUACUGCGACAGGCUUGGUUGGAGAACAUCAGGCCCGUUCUGGUCAUUAAUAAAAUCGACCGACUUAUCGUGGAGCUCAAGUUUACCCCUCAAGAAGCUUAUGCACACUUGCAAAAGAUUAUGGAACAGGUGAAUGCGAUCACGGGGACCUUGUUCACAUCCAGAGUGAUGGAGAAGCAAGCAGAGAAAACAAAAGAGGAGCAAGGGUGUGAAACCCCACUCGAAGAUCAAGUGUACGACUGGAGUGCAGGGCUGGAGGAGGCUGAUGACUCUCAUCUCUAUUUCUCUCCUGACCAAGGAAAUGUGGUCUUUGCCAGUGCUCUUGAUGGAUGGGGCUUCAGCAUUAGGCAUUUUGCCCUCAUGUACAGUGAGAGGAUGGGCAUUAAUCCAGAGGUGCUUCUCAAAACCCUAUGGGGCGAUUUCUACCUAAAUGCAAAAGCUAAGAAGAUCAUGAAAGGAGCUCAGGUCAAAGGCAAGAAGCCACUCUUUGUGCAGCUUGUCCUGGAUAAUAUUUGGAGUUUAUACAAUGCUGUUGUUACUCACAGAGACAAGGAGAAAGUUGAGAAGGUGCUAGCAUCUCUUGGCGUCAAGGUGAUGGCCAGGGAUUCUCGUCACUCUGACCCAAAAGUUCUUCUGUCUGCUAUAUGCAGCCAGUGGUUGCCAGUGUCUCAGGCUGUCCUCUCAAUGGUGUGUAAUAAGCUUCCGAGUCCAAUACAGAUAACCGCAGAGAGGGUGGAAAAACUGAUGAGUGUCGGUGUGCGUCGAUUUGACACCUUGCCUGAGAGGACGCAGGAACUGAAAAAUGCAUUUCUCCAGUGCUCAAGCAAUGAAAAUGCACCAGUCAUAGUUUUUGUGUCCAAGAUGGUUGCUGUGGAAACCAAAGCCUUGCCUCACAACAAAAAAAGACCUUUGACUCAGGCAAAGAUUUCCCAGUGCAGGGAAUUAGCGAGACAAAGACAUGCUGAAAGGAUGGCAGCAGCACAGCAGAACCACUCAGUGAAUGCACUUGUGGAUAUUCAGUCAGGAAGACUCUGUAAAGGUGAUGAGAUCGCAACUGAAGGGCUAAAAGAGUCCAAGACAGAGGAGCAAAGAGAGACCUUCAUAGCAUUUGCCAGGGUAUACAGCGGGGUGGUGCAAAAAGGACAAAGAAUAUUCAUACUCGGACCAAAGUAUGAUCCUGCCCAGGGCCUAAGCAUGCUGCCUGAGCAUUGCAAUCCUUCUGACAGUUUACCUGAGGUGCCUCAUCUGUCCUGUUGUUCCAUUGAAAACAUCUACCUGCUCAUGGGCAGAGAACUGGAAGAGCUAGAAGAGGUGCCCUCCGGCAAUGUGCUUGGCAUCAGAGGUCUAGAAGACUUCAUUUUGAAGUCAGCUACAAUUUCCACCACUCCUGCUUGCCCACCCUUCACUCCACUCAACAUUGAGGCAUCACCCAUUGUACGAGUUGCCAUAGAACCAAAACACCCAGGUGAGAUGCCAAAACUGGUGCGUGGGAUGCGUCUGUUGAACCAAGCAGACCCCUGUGCUGAAGUGCUAAUCCAGGAGACAGGAGAACAUGUUUUGAUCACUGCUGGAGAGGUUCAUCUCCAACGCUGCCUGGAUGACAUCAAAAAGUUCGCCAAAAUUGAGAUCAGCGCAUCCAAGCCUAUCAUCCCAUUCCGAGAGACCGUGGUGCGCCCUCCCAAAGUAGACAUGGUGAAUGAAGAUCUUGGCAAGCAGCAAAAAGUGGCUGUCAUUCACCAGGUAAAAGAUGAAGUUUCUCAUGGUCGUGCUACAGGGACCCUUCAUGUUGACAGCAGUGGUUUGGUCACACUAACCACUCCAAAUAAACUGGCCACUGUCAGCGUUCGUGCAAUCCCCUUGCCUCAGGAGGUGACUUGUCUUCUGGAGAACAGCUCAGCACUAAUUCGAACUCUAGAACAAGUCAACAUGACCUUGAGGGAAGGUAGAAAUCUAGACAUUAGUGUUAGGACCUUGGAAGCCAUUACUGACCUCAAGGCCCAACUGGAAAGCAAACUCCAAGGAAGGAAGUGGAGGGAUGCUGUGGAGCAUAUCUGGGCUUUUGGACCUCGCAGGUUUACGUGUUCAUCUCGUCUUACUACGUCGUGCUACAAGUACAGCAGGCAGGUUCUACUCGACAUCGGCGAAAGCGAGUUUUGCAGCGUUCUGAACUUUGAAAAAGAGACAUUAAAGGAGCUCGGACUACUCCGGCCUGAAACAACGCCGGACUCGCCUGCUGCUCCUCCCCCGGAUAGAAAGCGGUGUGCGAGGAGGCAGAAGAGGGGCAAGCGCGGAGGUGUCCGGGCCAGGCUAGCGGCCAACCCAGCUUGCCCGGCCGUGCCUUCCAUUCUUCUGGCGAAUGUUCGAUCGCUGGACAACAAAAUGGAUUACAUUCGACUGCUGAGAUCUACGAAACGGACAGUGAGUGACUGCUGUGUGCUCGUGUUCACUGAGACUUGGUUGACUGUCAACAUUCCGGACUCUGCUGUACAUCUGGAGCAGCUAGCGUGCUAUCAAGAGGACCGGGCCAUUGUAAAGGAGGGGAAAAUCGCGAGGAGGAGGAAUAUGUGUCUCCAUCCGUGACGAAUGGUGCCGGAACUCUGUAGUUGUAUGCAAGCACUGCUCGCCACAGGCGGAGUUUGUGAUCAUUAAGUGCCGUUCUUUUUACCUGCCAAGGGAAUUUACUGCGAUUCUGCUAGUCGCGGUAUACAUCCCGCCUUCCAACAUCGAAGGCGACAGGAUCACGGCUCUGAACUGUACCAGGCUGUCAGUGCACAACAGACGUCGCAUCCUGACUGUUUCACCAUCUUCGCUGGGGAUUUUAAUCAUGCUAACCUAAAGUCUGUUUUUCCGAGGCUUCACCAGCAUGUUAAUUUUCCAACACGUGGUGACAGCUUCCUGGACCUGGUCUACACUACACCUUUAUGCUUUCAAAGCCACCCCCCUCCCCCAUAUUGGGCUUUCUGACCAUAUCUCUGUUAUGCUUAUGCCCGCGUACAGACAAAGAGUGAAAGCAUCCAGGCCGGUUUGCAAGCGGGUAAGUUUAUGGCCUUAGGGUGCCUCUGAUGCGAUUCGAGACUGCUUUGACACAACUGACUGGGAAAUGUUUAAGCAGGCAGCCACUUGCAACGAUCAGACGGACAUAGAGGAGUAUACUGACUCUGUUUCCUCUUACAUCACGAAGUGCAUUGAUGAUGUGACCCACACAAAAUGCAUCGUCACUCGGGCUAACUGGAAGCCAUGGCUGACAGCGGCUAACCUCAGGCUGCUGAGGGCCAGGGACAAAGCCUUCAGAGCUGGGGAUGAGGCUGGCUUGAGAACAGUGAGGGCCGACCUGUCCCGGAGCAUCAAGGAAGCAAAAAAGGCAUUCUCUUGCCGGAUUACCGCCCACUUCAAGGACAGCAGGGACACAUGGAGCCUAUGGCAAGGCAUUCAGACCAUCACGGACUACAAGCCCGCGCCGCAGAGCUGUGAGGGAAACAUCUGUCUGCUCAACGAUCUGAACAGCUUCUUUGCUCGCUUUGACGCUCAGAACAGCACUUGCCCGCUGAAGACCCCUCCACAUGAGCAGCCCCUGUGCCUCUCUGCCGAUAGAUUGAACAGGACGCUUCUCGCUAUCAACACCCGUAAGGCGGCGGGCCCAGACAACAUCCCAGGUCGAGCGCUGAAGACUGCGCUGAGGAGCUGAUGGGUGUCUUCACGGACAUCUUUAACAUUUUCAUGCAGCAGGCCAUCGUCCCAUCAUGUUUCAAGGCUGCCACUUCGGCUGUGCCAAAGAAACCUGCUCCAUCCUGCUUCAAUGACUACCGCCCCGUGGCACUGACACCCAUCAUCAUGAAGUGCUUUGAGCGGCUUGUCAUGGAGCACAUCAGAUCCAUUCUCCCCCCAUCAUAGACCCCUUCCAGUUUGUGUACCGAGCCAAACGGUCCUCUGAGGAUGCCAUCUGGUCUUCCCUCCACUCAGCCCUCACCCACCUGGAAAGAAAGGAGUAUGUGAGAUUGCUGUGUGUGGACUUCAGUUCUGCAUUCAACACCAUUGUACCACAGCGACUCAUCUGCAAACUCGACAAGCUGGGCCUCAGUACCUACCUCUGCAACUGGCUACUGGACUUCCUCUGUCAGAUGCCUCAGGUAGUACGUGUUGGCGACAAUGUCUCCGCCAGCAUCACUCUGAGCACGGGGGCCCCCCCAAGGCUGCUUGCUCAGUCCGCUGCUCUUCACCCUGCUGACGCAUGACUGCACUGCGACUUACAGAAGCAACCGCGUGCUGAAAUAUGCCGACGACACGACUCUGGUGGGUCUCAUCACCGAGGGCAACGGGACUCGGAGGUCGACCUUCUGGCCACGUGGUGCAGGGACAACAACCUCCUCCUGAACGUCAAGACCAAGGAGAUUGUUGUUGACUCCCGGAAGCGUCACACCGAACACCUGCCACUGACCAUCGAUGGUGCUGUGGUGGAGAGAGUGAGCAGCACCAGAUUCCUGGGGGUGCACAUCAGUGAGGACCUCUCCUGGACCACCAACACUGCAUCACUGGCGAAUAAAGCUCAGCGCCGCCUGUACUUCCUGCGGAAACUCAGGCGAGCAAGUGCUCCUCCGGCCAUCAUGACCACUUUCUACCGUAGCACCAUUGAGAGCGUCCUCUCCAGUUGUAUCGGUGUGUGGGGUGGUAGCUGCACUGACUACUAUUGGGAAGAGGUACAGGAGCCUGCGCUCCCGCACCACCAGACUCACCAACAGCUUCAUACUCCAGGCUGUUAGGAUCCUGAACUCUCUCCCCCCUCCUGCGUAACGUCCUGUACUUUUGCGCUAUAUUCUGACUGUCUGCUGUAUGCACACUUGCUCCAUUUUUGCUCCUCCUAUUUAUUAUGUUGUUUAUUUGUUAUUUAUUUAUUCAUCGCUCUUAUUUAUUCAUUGUUUGUGCCUUCUUGUUUUUACUUUUUUAGUGUUGUUUACUUGUGUGUAUAUUGUAUACUAUGUCUUGUCACCGUGGGAACGUAAUUUCGAUCUUUGUGUGUCUUGACAUGUGAGGAAAUUGACAAUAAAGCAGACUUUGACUUUGAAAUGCAAUACAGGCUCUUUAUUUGGAGAAAGGUUAGAGGAGAUGAGGAGAGCUGUAAUGCCGAAAGAGCAGGACGAUGAGGCAAUCUUGACGAUCAAGUCAGAGAGCAUGCCUCGUGCAUCAUCGAAGCAAACGGGCAUAGCAAGCUCAUGGUCGGGGACAGGCAGAAGGUCUAGCCAAGCAGAAUCCAAAGCCGACCAUAUAAACAAGUUAUCGCUAAUCAGCGAAUCAGGAAACAGGCAUUGCACUACACAGCAGAUCAGGCAAACGUUUUUUUAGGUGGCAUAGCAGAACCAGGUGGCAGGCAUACGUGUAUUGAGGCAGACGAACCACCGCAGACUGAUGGGGUUUAAAUCCAUGCCCUGGCAGCGAUGAGCACUUAUUAGCGAGCGCAGUGUCGCAUUGAAUGUGCGCGCCCCUGUAAACCAGCACGAGGGCACGUCAGCUGCGCUUACGGUAGGGUUUUUUUUGCGUUUUGUGAAGCCCUAAAGAAUGUUCCUAAAAGUCAGUUUAACUUUAAAAUGUUUAAAAAGUGUUUAAAAAUACAUUUAUAAAAGUCUUGUGCGGAUAUUGUAAAAAUAUUGACUCCACAAUAUGGAUUUUAACCUAUAUGAGUCGUGGAACCAUUUAUCAGCAAUAAACGAGGGAUCACUGUACACAUCAAUGAUAUUGAAAUGUGAUUUGUACUAAGUGUGCGCAAAUUAUACACAGGGGUGGGAGGAUAAUCACAGUUGAAGGAAUUGAACUACCUGAAGACAACAUACCGUUUUUUUCCAUGUAUAAUGCGCCCCCAUGUAUAAUACGCACCCUAAAAAUGGCAUGUCGAUGCUGGAAAAAAGCCUGUACCCAUGUAUAAUACGCACCCAAAUUUUGACUCUUACUUAAGUCCGUAAACGUAAAAUUAUUUCAGAAAAAAUAUCAUCUUUGGGAACAACCAUGUUAUUCUGUCAGUCAGUUUCACUGCGCAUGCGCUAGCAAACUCAAUAGCGAAGAAAUGUUUCGGAUUUUUGUAGGGUACAUUGUAACCGCAAACGAGCAGGUGAUCGAGCAAGCGUCUGAUACGAGAGCAUUGUGUUCGUAUGUAGCGCGUUUUUGAAGUGAACAGCAGAGAAGAAAGCGCAUCUGUAAUGGCGGCCUCCAUAUCAUAUCCGGAUAAAAAAAAAAAAAAAAAAACUUUUUUUUUUUCCAUGUAUAAUGCGCACCCCAGAUUUUAGGACAAUAAAUUAGUUAAAUUUUGCGCAUUAUACAUGGAAAAAAACGGUAGCUACAACUACUCUGAAAUUCCACAACCAAAUAGCAAUUCUGAAGAGCUUGGAGGUCAGCCACAGCCAAAUACCUAAAGAGUGAGGCAGUUUCUGCAUAGUCAGCUGAAUGGCAAAAAUAUGAUCCAGGCCAUUAACACCUAUGCCUUGACAGUAAUCAUAUUCUGUAUCCUGUUGGCAUAAUUCCCUGGCCACUGGAAGAGCUGUAAGGCACUGAUAUCAGGAUUAGAAAGCACUUUAUAAUGCACGAAGGGUUCCACCCCAAUUGCAGUAUCCUGAGGCUGUAUACAAAACAGAAAAGGGGGGCCGUGGACUACGUUCAGGAUACUAUCCAGGAGAAGAAAAAAAACCUCCAAUACAUCAAGAUGGCCCCGAGGGACGAAUGCCACAGGCAACAGAAUCCCAGUAAGGACAGGAAGGUAUAUGAACUGUCAUGGAAACACAAGCUCCUGCAUUGCAUGUACCACCAUCAAACAGAAGGUGUGGUUGACAUUGAGAAAACAUACCAAUGGCUGGGAAAGCCUCAAAACGAAAGUGUGGUAUUAAUUCAUGGCAGAACAAGACAGGCACUAAACACAAGCUCUUUUGAGGAUGUUUUACAUUUUUCUCAGGAGGUUUAUUUCUGAAAACCUCAAGAAAAUACAAUAAUAAAGCAGUGACUUAAAAUGUGCUAUUGAACACUGAUUGAUAAACUAAAUUUUUUAAGAAAAAAAUAUAAUGAUAAACGAGGCUACAUUUGAAGGCAAGCUAGUUAUAUGUAUCGAAGCAGUCGAUCCAACCAUAUGUACCAUAAUUUUCGGACUAUAAGUCCCUCCGGAGUAUAAGUCGCACCAGCCAUAAAAUGCCCAAAAAUGUGAAAAAAAACAUAUAAGUCGCUCCGGAGUAUAAAGUCGCGUUUUGGGGGGCAAUUUAUUCGACAAAAUCCAACACCAAGAACAGACAUGAACAAGCAACAACAGGCUAAACGAUGCUGUAUGCUAACGUGACAAACACAAACGAGGAGCUGAGAACGGGCGUGACGUAACAUUCAGUUAUUUAAAAAAAACUAUUACAUAAAUAACACGUUUAUAAAACGAUAUAUAAACUAUAUUUUAAAUAACUAUCACAUAAACAACAAUAUUAUCAAACCAUUUGUGUCACUCCAAAUCAUUAAAUCCAUCGAUCGAAUUUCUCGUCUUUUAUCGUUCGUCCUUUGUCAACAAUGCCGUGUGCCGCGCCGCAGUUCAAAUUAUUCCACAGGCCCAUACAAUGAUAUAUAAACUAUAUUUUAAAUAACUAUCACAUAAACAACAAUAUUAUCAAAUCAUAUGUGUCACUCCAAAUCAUUAAAUCCAUCGAUCAAAUUUCUCAUCCUUUAUGUCAUCCUGGUGACAGAGGACAUGUCCAGAGGAUAUGGCGCUUUAAAGUGUUAAUUACUUUAUUUGAUUUUUCUCUCUCUAUUUUUCAUGUUUUGAAUAUGUUCAAGAUAAAGAUAUCAAAGCAUGUGAAGUGAUCAAGUAUACUAAAAAUAACAUGUGAAGUGGUCAACUAUACUUGUAAGUGAUGUGUUAAUGAUCAAGUAAAAACUUGUGAAAAAUGUUAGGGUGGUGAUCACUCUAACUUAUUUUGCAAGAACCACACGGAGACAAGUUAGUCGUUUUGGGCACCUGCAGGCGGAGAGUUCACUCGUCGCUGUGCUUACAGCGAUGGUCGAAUGAAGUCUGACUCUCCCUUCCCACAAGAGCAUCUUUAUUAAGAGAAAAAGGGUGGGGGUGACCGUAGACUGAAUAAACAAGUUAAAGCUUUUGACCUCUAGAUAAACAGAGCAGGGAAUGUUUUCCGACAUUGUUUAGGAUGGGACAAAGCUAGGUGGUUUAUUACCGGUUACAUACCAACGUAAGCAUAAAACUAAUCUACCUAAGUUAUUUAUUACCGGUUACAUACAUUCCAACAUAAUCAUAGAUCAAGAUAGUUUGGAAAACCCUGACAUGUCCCUCCUGUUUUAUCAUAUGAUUAUGUGAACCCGAUCAAUCAAACAUAAGUAACAAAAUACAAAGAAGAAUAGUAAAAAUAAGAAAAACAAUAAUAAAAAAGAUCAAUAAAAAACUGAGACGACAGCGGACGGGUCGGGGAACGUGUAGGGUGAAACACGACAAAAACAACAAACAAUGAUAGCAACAAUCUCCAGUGAAGAUGAGGUCUUCCCUCAAUACUCCAGUUCAAACUUGUGUGAUCUAAAAACCUGCUGGCCGAUGUUAAAUAUGCAGGAAAAGUCUCACACGGUCCCUCUGCCUUAGGCGACCAGAAUGCUAUCAAUAAAAAAAAUAAAAAGAAAAACACAGAAACAGUACAUCAUUGUAUCCAUCACUUGCGAAGCAUUUUCGAUGGUCAAAUCAUCAAGUUUCUGUAAAACACGCUCAGUAUAAUAGCACCUACGCAAUCCGCGUUUCAUCAUGGUCAUCACAUCCGUCACGACUAAGAAGUUGUAUAUGUACGUGUGCUACGGUAGAAGAGACGACCCUCGUCACAGCAGACUUCAAACAUGGGAAAACACAGGUCGUAAACAAGCAUAACAACACCAGCACAACAAGCACAGGAGACACUAGUUUCAACAGCAGUCGCCACCAGCUGCCAGAGAAUAGCCAUGAAAAGAAACCCCACUGUUGUGGAACUUUGUCAUUUGACAUGGCCUGCUGUAAGUUCUUCAGUGAAGCCAUGGCGUCGUAGAUGUGUGUGUCAUUUUCUCCAGGAAUGUAUGUGCAACAGGAAGUCCCAAUGAUGUGGCACACACCACCUUGUGCUGCCGUCAACAAGUCCAGAACCAUCCUGUUUUGCAAGACCAUCAGCCUAAUAGCCUGAACCACUCUAUUUCAUCCAUCCUUGACUUGUAGUGAGAGAUUCGCAAAGGAUUGAAAACGAUAGUUCAGUGUCUCGAUGAAGAGUGAAUGUUUUCCAACUCCGACCCAGGGAAAAAGCGCAUGAACAACUUUGUCUCCAACGGACCAUACUUUAUGGUCGUCUGGAACAUUCGCACCCCAGAUGGGGUCAUGAGGGUCAAAGGUUGCAACCGCUCUGCGUUGACGUCCAGAAGAGUUGUGUGCUGUCGUCAGGUGUCGAUGUCGUAUCCUGUAGGUGUGGUCUGUCACCCACACUGGUACACACACUCCUGUCCAGUUGGCGGGCAGCAUUGGAUAAACCUUGUGACCACACAGCCACCAGUCAUUCUGUAUGAAGUAUGUUCCGUUCGAUGGUGCAGACAUGUUAGUCGGAGAGCCCUCCCCAACUGAAAUGGCUCUCCUAUCUUGACACUCAGCUGCGAUGUCAAAAGCUCCCAUCCAGUUUCCUCCUGGAGAGCAGUCACUGUCAAUGCAUUUGUGGGUCUUACUUCCUUGGAUGUAACACGUAUAGUUCACUCCAGGUCGCCGCUCUGUGUAGGCCACCUGCGGUAAUGUUCGUCCUUUAACAGUCACAUUGAGGUUUGUCCAGAAAAGCUUAUCACAGGUGCCUUCCACAAGUCCAGGGCGGAAAGGGUCGUCAUCACUCACUUUGAUGGCGGGGUGUUGAUAUCCAACUCCUCCCAUGGAUGCCAUACAUUUUGCUUCAGUGACAUUCAUUGCUCUGGCCUCCAAGUGAACUUGCGUGGAGGAAGGGGGGAGUUUCGAACACACAACAUCCCUCCUGUGUGUGUGCUCUCACAGUGAACUUAACGUACCAGUACCACAUGUUGGUUUCGUAUGGGUUUUUGGGGUCCCAUGACCAGUCCUCAAAGUUCUCAUCGUGUGACCAUCGUUUUCCACGGUCAACAUUGUCACUUGGUCUGUUCAAAUGAGUCCAUAGACCAUAGCACGCUCCAACCACAACGCAGCAGAGGAUCCAUCUGGCAUAUGGAGCCCCGUUGCUACUAGGAUGGCAGAGACACCGGGACAUCCCCUCGCCUAGCGGAGUGGGGAUCGUUGUUUUCUUCACCAACAUUGAGACGUCCCACCCUAAAUGAUAGGACCCCUUUGAAGUUAGCCUUCCCCACCACUCCGAAUUAGGGGUCCAGCACUCUCUGCAACUUGCAGUGGCUGAGGUGAAUCCAGCUUGGCCGUUCAGCAAUCUUCACUGCGGUGGGGGUAGUCAGCAAGACUUGGAAUGGUCCCUCCCACCGUGGGCUGACCCAGUUCUUUCUUUUAACGACCUUGAUGUAGACCCAGUCUCCUGGAUUGAUGGGGCUGUCGACCUGUGAGGAGGAAAGAUCAGGCGGCAGUAAAUUUGCAUUUGACACAUCUUUCAGUUUGAGCGUCCUUAUCAUAUAGUCUGCCAAGGACUGUUCUUCAUCUGCUUUUUGCAAAUCUGCAGGGAACAAAGGUAGUCUAUAUGGUCUCCCAUGGAUGAUUUCGAAAGGUGUUAGCUCUUCUGAAGUGGGAGUAAUUCUCAUAUAGAGCUUCACUAAGUCUAGGCACUCUGGCCAAGAUCUGCCUGUUGUUUCCAUGCAUUUUUUCAACCUGCUUUUGAUAGUGGAGUUUGCUCGUUCCACCAGGCCAGCGCUCGCAGGAUGCCAAGCGCAGUGGUUUUUUAAUGUUAUCCCAAGGUGUACAGCCAUGUUCUGUACGACUUGGUUCACAAAGUGUGGACCAUUGUCACUGUAAAUGGUUUGGGGGAUGCCAUGAGUCGGUAUGAUGGCUUUGCAGAUGGCUUUUGCCACUGUUAAGGCAUCUGCUCGUUUAGAUGGAACUAUUUCCACCCAUUUGGAAAAUGCAUCAAUCAUCACUAAGCAGUAUUUGUGAGGUCCACUUUGUGUGAGCUCAAUAAAAUCCAUGUGCAUGAUUUGAAAUGGCUAAGACGGUUUUGGAAAUGAGCCUCUCUUAGGUCUCAUAUUUCCUCGUGGAUUAUGUUUCACACAAACAGGACAUGCUUUACAACAUUUUUUUAAGUAAGCAUCUAAACCAAAGGUAGUGAAUUGUUGAUGUAUGAUAGACUUCAUCCCUCCUGUCGACACAUGGCAAGGCCCAUGAGUCGCAAUCGCUGCUGCCUUAAAAAGUGAUUUUGGUAAAACAGGGCUGUCAUUGAUGCGGUGGAUAUUAUCUGUAUCCAUCAUUGCACCUUUUGUCGUCCACAUUCGUUUUUCCGCCAUUGGAGCAUUGCCCUGCAUAUCUGUCAGUAUAGUCUUAUCUAUUAGUUGCGUGUCCUCUGAAUCUAUUAAAAAGAAUUCAUGUCCAUGUUUCCCUGCUGCUGCUUCUUUAGCAAUUUUGUCUGCUAAUCUGUUUCCAUUUGAGACUUCAUCUGUGCCAGUGGUGUGAGCAGCACAUUUACACACAGCUAGUUUAGCAGGUAAAUGAAUGGCCUGCAACAAGUCUUUUAACAAGGAGGCAUGGGUAACCGGCUUACCGGUCGAUGUUGUCAUCCCUCUGCGCUCCCAUUGUUUCGCAAAAUAGAACAGAGUAGAAAACGCAUACUGACUGUCUGUGUAUACAGUGACUUAUCUUCCGCUAAUAGACAAGCUCUUGUUAGCGCAAUUAGCUCAGCAGCCUGCGCUGACCUGUUGUAUAGAAGCUUCUCUGCUUCAACAAUCUGGUUUGGCAAUCUCACAAUUGCAUACCUACUUUGAUUGUUCCCUCUAGGACCCUUUUAACAUGACCCAUCCACAAACUACCUUUCCCCUUUGUCAAGUGGUGUGUCAAUUAAAUCUUGUCUGGGCAGCUGUAGAUGUUCUGUAGCAUCCAAACAGUUAUGUGGUGAACCAUCCCCUGGCAACGGAAUCAACGUUGCUGGGUUAAGGACUGUGCACCUCUUUAUCACAAUGUGUGGUUGUGACAGAAGUGUAGCAGUGUAGGAUAGGUGUCUGGCAGGUGACAAAAAGUUCAUUUUGCUUCAUAGUAGCAACACAUCUACAGCAUGUGGAACUAGCAGCUCCAUUUUGUGAAAGAGCACCACAUCUGCAGAUUGUCUCACUGCAAGCGCUGCCGCGCACACUGCUUGGACACAGUCUGGCAAAGAUUGAGCCACUGGAUCCAAUUUUUUGGAAUAAAAUGCAAUUGGUCUUAGUUUGCUGCCAUGACUCUGCAGCAACACUGAGGUCAUAAAACCAUUCUUGCAGUCUGCUGUUUGCACAAAGGUUUUAUUGUAGUCUGGCAAGAUAAGAGUUGUAGUUUCUAUCAGAGCCUGUUUCAGCACCACAAAAGCAUCAUCUGCUACUGGUGUCCACAUUAUUUUUUCCGUCAUUGCCAUGGGGACUCCAUGCACAAUGUUCAGCAGUGGUUGUGUUUUUUCCGCAUAAUGUGGAAUCCACGCUCUACAGUAAUUGCAGAGUCCCAAAAAUGACAUCAUUUGUUUUUUUGUUUCAGGUUUCGGUGCAUCUGCAAUGAUCUGCUUUAUGGUUCUCUGUAUCUGUCUUCCAGAAGCUGACAAAGUGUGACCUAAAUAGUUCACUUCCUGUCUGACCCAUUGUAGCUUGUUCUUGCUCACUUUAUUCCCUGUUUUGCAGAGAAAGUGUAACAAUGCUAAGGAGUCUUCCUUGCAAGCAGCUUCAGUUUCAGAGGCUACCAGGAGAUCAUCUACAUCAGGGGUCACCAAACUACGGCCCGCGGGCCGGAUACGGCCCGCGGGACCGUUUAAUCCGGCCCGCCAACCCUGAAUAAAUUGUAUUAUUAAACUUUUUUUUUUUUUGCUCAUUUUGCCGUCAAUGACUGCGUUUCCCCAGUAGAUGGGGAAGCGCUCGCCUGCGCAUUUACUACCGGAAGCCGUGUCAGAAAGCUCGGUGCACACUCACAAGUGCGUGUACGGACAUGGCGCACUCGCGCUCUAUUUGUAUCAGUCCCGAAUUUAGAGCGUGGGCUGUGACGACAGCAUUCUUGUAAUUUGCGCGCUGAGCUUUCAGAUGCAGUUUUGCGCUAAAGCCACCCACAAACCUUCCCCUGGAAUCCUUCCGUUAAAAUGUCGCCCAAGUAAAGCAGGGUGAACACAGUGCCGAGCGUUUAAAAGAGCCAAUUUGGCUCGACGUACGCGACGUGACGUUCAGCCACAUGAACGUCAACAUCUACCCGUCACAGAUCGAGGUAAACGGACCAACACCUCGGAUCUCGCCUAAGAAUUGCCACAACAAAUUUUACUCCAGACUAUGACGCACUAUCAAACUUUAACAAAAAAGACAGCGGUGUCUACAAGCCUACUGGAACCUACAAAAGGAUUAUAAGGAAGGAACACAAGAACUUUAAGAGACUGCUCAUAUGUGUCAGAGAGGUUCUGCUCUGACAACUGAGCUGAACUUUUAUCUGUUAAGAUUGUGCAUGGCACAACAGAAAGUUAAUGUUCCAUGUUUUUUUUUCUAUGAAGUACCCAGAGAGAGUUGUUUAGUUAUUAUUUAUUUCCUGUUUUUUCUGUGAAGAACUCAGAGAGGGUUUAGUUAUUAUUUAUUUCAUUAAUAGUGUUAUUAUUUGUUUCCUGACUUUUUUUCUGUAAAGAACCUGGAAAGGGUUAUUAAAUAACCGUUAUUUGGUUAUGUGUGGCUUUCUGGAAAAGAAUAAAUUUUUUAAGCUCCCCUACGAUCGUCACACUUUUUCUGUUACAAACUGCCACCGGCCCGCCAUCAGAGAAGGGAAAGGUUAUGUGGCCCUCACAGGAAAAAGUUUGGGGACCCCUGAUCUACAUAAACUAGAAGUUGGCUUUUGUUUGACAUCUGAAAAUCAGCCAAACGCAAACCAAAACUGUGAGUCUGGGUGAAUUGGCACUGAGAAAAAUGCAUUGCUAAGAUCAAUUACUGUGAAAAACUUCUGGUUAGGUUUCAAAGUGUUCAGAAGUGUGUGUGGGUCAGGCACAUUAGGUGCUCUUGUCUGCACUGCAUCAUUCACUGCUCGUAAAUCUUGUAUCAUUCGCCAAUCAAUUUUAUUGGCCUUUUGGACUGGAAAAAUAGGAAUGUUGCAAGGAGAAUCCGAGCACUUCCUAAUGAUUCCUCCUGUCAAAAGAUCAUUUAUAACAGGGGCAAUCCCGUUUAUUGCCUCCUGUUUUAAAGGAUAUUGCUUAACUCUUGGACGCCACUCUGAUCUUGGUUUGAUCUGUACUGGUGGAAUGGACGUUAAAAGUCCUACAUCAGAUGGGCCCUUUGUCCACAGUUUUUCAGGAAGUCCAGCCAAUUCCUCCUCAUCCUUCUCAUUCAAACAAAUGUCAACUAGUCAGGUUAGCGCACAAGCGCAUGCCCUACCAACAGCUACUUCACACACUGUUUGCUUCCACAUGUCACAACUGGUACUGUAGCUCCACCCAUCACCUUUGUCCUCAUAAUCAGUGACAGAUCCAGCAAGUUUAAUUCGGCAACCCACAUCUGCCCAUGUUAUACUGUGAGGUUUGAACAAUGAAAUGUGGGGUACAGCCGACAACUUGUAUUUGUCUUUCUGAGGAGCGGGCAGGAGCACAGCAGCAGCUGCAAAUGACCCGCGAUCUGUGUACAGAGCAGUGAUUGUUAAAGUUACUUCUGUGUCACUGAGAAAACUUUCAAUAUAGUCAUCAUGUGGAUCAGUGAGGAUAUUCAUGGUGACAUGUAAUUGAUUACAAGUCAUUUCUGAUUCAGGUCGUGACAAUUGUUUUCGAGCUUCACUCAGCAAUCUGCUUGGUAGCUUGGGAUUCCGUUCGGGAGUGAUGUCAUAGGAGCAGGAAAUCUGUUCACCUGCUUGUGCAGCAUAUGCGUCUACAUCUCUCACUCUACAUGCUCGCAUGCCAUCCUUUACUGGAAUUAUUGCAAUUCCCAACCGAGUCAUCAGAUCUCGUCCCAGCAGGUUUAUGGGACAUUUUGGCGAUAGAACAAUCGAGACUGAAGCUAUGACUCCUGUUUCAUCAUCUCUCACUACAACUGGAUUGGAGAUACUCUCCUUGUGUACCUGCCCAUAAGCAGAUUUCACCCAAAUUGUAUUUUGGGAGGCCUUCAGAUUAGGGACUUAAGUUUUUAUUACGGUUUUACAAGCUCCGGUAUCACACAAAAACUCAACUUCACUUCCUCCAAUGUUUAAGGUAACAUAUGGUUUUUCUUUUAAUGCACUCAGAAUGUCCCAUGCUGUAUGGACAUCUACUAUUUCUUCCUCUGUAGGAGCACAAGAGGUCAUAGGGGGGCAAUCUAGUCAUGCUGAGAAUUUGGCUUUCCCUCUGCCCCUUCCUCUACCACUUGAUUGGUUUUGUUUUUUUCUAAAACACUCUUUUGACCAGUGUCCACGUUUCCCACAGUUCCAACAGUUGUCUGAAUCUGAUGAGGAUUUUGAAUUAUGUGGCGGCCUGCGACCUUGUUGGCCUCUACCACCUCUGCCCCUCUGGGACCUUUGGAAGAAGACUGUUGUAUCUUCAUCUAGGUCAUUAACGUCUAGAUGAAAUACAUCAGAACUUUUGCCUUUUUUUAUCAUUUUUUCAGCAUGUCUGGCCCAUUGCAUAGUUGUUGCAAUAUCUACUUCCACCAAAUGUUUCCUCACCCAGUUGCCUAUUUCAGGGCGGAAAUUAGUAAGGAGCGCAUUUUUAAGCUGUUGCUGAUAAGUACUCUCAGCUGCAUCAUUGAAUGGGAUGCCACUAUGCACCCUGAAUUCUUUUUCAAAUCUCAAGCGAAAAUCAUCAGUAUCUUCCCCAGGCUUUUGUUUUAUUCCUGCCAAAUGACCAUAAUUCGCUCGUCUUUGAAAUAUAGUUCGCACUCUUUGCACAAGAUCAUUCCAUUGUGCUGCAUAAUCCCCUCCCAAUUGAUUUCCCUCAACGGGAUAGGGAAAAGGCCCUUGAUUAUUUCUACCUGUGUAAUUUCCUCUAACGUUUGCCCAGUCUUUUCCCAAGGAAGACAUUGCAGCUUCUCAUGCCCAUUUAGUCUAUAAGAAUGUAUGAUUCCAGCCAUGUCCUCUGCCCAUUUUUCUGGGUCUUCAGCAACAGGGGUAACCCCUUCAACUGCUUUCCUUGCCUCUUCCAAAGUCCAUGGCCGAAAAACAUAUGUAUGUGGAGGUUGACCUUCCCCUACAAUAGGGUUUGGCACUUGGAUCAUUGGGCACACAUCAACAUUGUCUAAAUUUUGGGAAAAUCUAGCAGCAGUGGUUAAACCUCUUGUUUGUACAGGGCUUCUAAUCAUUUGACCCUGACCUUUUUUGCUGUUAUAUGGGGGAGGGCGCAGGUCUGUUAAGCUUGGAUACAAGUUUUGCGCACAAGCGGACAGCCUCUCUUGCUCCUCUGCUUGCGCUGCAUCCGGGACAGUGCGCCUGCGCACUGUGGCCUCAUUGUCUUCCGGCCUGACAAACAUGGCCGGAAUCAUCACUUUUCAUCUUUCUAUCUUUUGUCUUUUGGAUUUGUUCUCUUCUCUCUUGUGAAGCAUUCAACCAUAUUCUAGCACAAAUCAAUUCUUUCUCUUUUCUUUUCUUUUUCAGUCCCUCUGACUUCCUAUUCACACUCUCCUCCAAAACAUCAACCACUAUCUUCCACACUUCAACUUUCAACUUCCCUUCUACUCCAUACUUUUUCUUCCACUUCAGCAUGUAUUGCAUACAAUUAACAAAUUUACUCGCCAUGUAUUUCUCAUCUCCGUCAAGAGCUAGGGAUUUACCGUUUUUAUUCCCCAUCUUAAUUUGGUAUUUUAGGUUUAUACAAUUUUUUUUCUUAGAAAUUUAUUAUUUUUCUUUGAGGAUCCUCAAUGCAAGUUUAAAUUGACCUUUCAACAAUUACUAGCCUGUAUUAUUGCCGUGGAUCAAUGCUAGAACUGCUAUUUAGUACAUUUAUCCUACCAGUCACACUUUCUCAACCACACAAAUUUCUUAUCCCUGCCCACGCGAAGUCCUCUUUUAAAAAUAAAAGAGCUGCUUCAUCCGGAUGGGGGACUCUACAACACCCCUUCCUUCCCUGGGAACUAAAGACAACCGUCCAGUUACCCAGCCCUGCCAACGCGAAAUUGUCCCCUUAGAACAGUGGUUGUCAAAUCAGGGUACACGGAGGUACGUGAGAUUUGACAAAAAUAUUUUGAAAACCACUGCUCCAGAAGAGCCACUUCAUCCGGAGGGGGACUCUACAACACCCCCUCCUUCCACAAGACUUCUUAUCUUCUGUCUUGCCUAUUUUUAUUCCUGUGCACUUUUACGCGUUUCACAACAACACAAUCCCACAACUUUAGGGCUUUAACUUACUUGUCCCCUUGAUUCGCUGUUCAACACCGGGUCCCGUCAAUCCACAUCUGUCAGACGAAGGCAGACCUAAGAUGCUGGCCCAGCGAAGAAUUUCCUUCCCAGGUCUUUCUUUACCAGGUCCGGCUAAAUGGACGCUGGCCCGUCGACGGUGUACAGCGUGUCGUCCUCCGUCAGCCAGAUGGUGGGUAUGAGGGUCCCGGGUUUCGGCACCAAAAUGUUAGGGUGGUGAUCACUCUAACUUAUUUUGCAAGAACCACACGGAGACAAGUUAGUCGUUUUGGGCACCUGCAGGCGGAGAGUUCACUCGUCGCUGUGCUUACAGCGAUGGUCGAAUGAUGUCUGACUCUCCCUUCCCACAAGAGCAUCUUUAUUAAGAGAAAAAGGGUGGGGGUGACCGUAGACUGAAUAAACAAGUUAAAGCUUUUGACCUCUAGAUAAACAGAGCAGGGGAUGUUUUACGACAUUGUUUAGGAUGGGACAAAGCUAGGUGGUUUAUUACCGGUUACAUACCAACGUAAGCAUAAAACUAAUCUACCUAAGUUAUUUAUUACCGGUUACAUACAUUCCAACAUAAUCAUAGAUCAAGAUAGUUUGGAAAACCCUGACAAAAAAAAACAUACAUAAGUCGCUCCUGAGUAUAAGUCGCCCCCCCACCCAAACUAUAAAAAAAAACGCGACUUAUGGUCAGAAAAUUACGGUACGUAUAGUGUACGUAUGUAUCUAUAUAUCUAUAUAUCUAUAUGUGUCUAUGUAUCUGUAUGUACGUAAAUGCUGAAGUUGUGUACGCCAUAAGAUAAAUACUAAUUUGCUCUGUUUUAGUCCCAGUUUAACUUUUUGAAAUGUUGGCAUUAUACGUACUUAGCCGAUUCAAACUUCAGGUCCAGAACCGCACCAGUUCAAAGGCUUGAUGUCAAAGUCAGCUUUGUCAUUCUCUUCACAUGUCAAGACACACAAAGAAAUCGAAAUUACGUUUUCUCUAUCCCACGGUGACGAGACAUAUUACACGAUAGACAUACAAGUAAUCGACACAAUAUAAAAACAAGAAGGCACAAACAAUAAAUAAUAAGAAUGAUGAAUAAAUAAUAAAUAAACAGAUAAGACAAUAAAUAAGAGGAGCAAAACGGAGCCAGUGUGCAUACAGCAGACAGUAAGCGUAGCGCAAAAGCAGGGCUGUGGACUCUGUUCGGACUCUGGGACUCGGACUCGGUCGGACUCGGUCAUUUUUGCCGGACUCGGACUCGAACUCGGACUCAGUGCUGAUUUUGACCGAGUCCGACAAUAAAAAAAAAAAGAGGCAAGACGCAGCCAGAGAGUGUCAC